CUUUAUAUGGAAAGGAACUAUGCAAGAAUUAAAUAUGUCACUUACAAUCCCAAAACAAAAUCAGGAAUAAUUGAACUUGUUGAUCCACAUGCGGAACAAGUCGUAAAAGCUAUGAUAGAAGAUGGGGUCUUUUUUGAUAACGUAACUCCCAAAUUUAGAGUAUUGGAAG